UACCCAAACAAAUAUGGCGGACAAAGGAUGCGUCAAGUGACUGCGUCGACUGAAAAAAUUCUGACCGUAAAGUUCUGGAAGUUGUCGUUUUUCAGUUUUACUACUGUGUCAAAAAUGUUUACUUAGCUUAAACGUUGCAGAAAUUGUGCUUUAAGUCAAUCUAAGAUGAGUUGUUGAAUCAUAGACUAUUUGAGGAAGAAGACAAAAUGGCGACGUGCUGUAUUUCAGCACAAUUAAAAAACACGGCGGUGUGUAAUUACCGCACAGAGAUUAGUGCAGGAAUGUCCGAGCCGCUUGGGACCUCACCUGUUGGGAGUGUAACUUGAGCACAGGAGGCGGAGUUUAUGCCUUUUUUCUCUCCACUUUCCCUCUAAGUUUGCGCCAGUACACUGGAGUCUGACUGCGGCUGUCACACGACGGAUCCACUCGUCUUGUCCGUAAUGCCUACCGUGUGAUCUUCCCAGCGGAUCGUGAUGAAGAGGUCAGGACACCUGGCCUUUUUGGGUCGGAAGGACCAGUCCUACUUCGACACCAGCGUCAAAAUGAGGGAACUGGAUAAUGUGGAGCUAGUGCUGAACUCGCCGACGUUUCCGGAAUCGGGUACUGCCAGUGUACGUGCCAGACCCACCGUCAAGCAUUACACUCCAUCUGAGAGUUCUCAAGGAUUUGCUGUUCCAACGCCCAGAGUCCCAGUCCUUCCCCCUUUCAACGGUCCAAAGAUCAAUGGUGCAGCCAAUGGAAAUCCGGUAACGUAUGACAACGUGGAGGAAGAUGUAUUUGUUCCGCCCCCUCCCUCCAUGGCCCCGCCCCCGCCUCCAGAGACCUUCAUCCUCCCGCCACCGGACUUCCUGGGUUACCUCAGCACUGCGGAACUAGCCUCCCUUCAGCCGCCUGCGAUGCCCGCCCCCAAAGCACCUGUCAAGGGGGAGAAGAAUCAACGCGUCAUUCAUCCCCCGUCGGUCCCCCCGCCAAAGCCCCCGUCCACAGGCUCCAGUAGCUCAGCGCCCUCCACUCCCACUUCAAAACCGUCCCCGGCCAAAGUCCCCAAACACCCAACUUUUGCCCCGCCGCUGCCGCCUUCCAAAGGCCAACCGAAGAACGUUAAGACCCCGCCUCCGAAGCCGAUUCGACUUUCAUCCAUGUCCAACCUGGACUCCCCGCCCCAGACUCCAGCCCCGCCUCCACCUGCGCAGACCCCCACACAGUCCACGUUCAAUCCCCAAAACACAGCAAAGCUCUACCAUGUUUCCAAUGCCUCAGUCCUCAGCGGCUACGAGGAACGAGACGUGAAACCCAAGCAGAUGUUACUCCUGGAGGAUUCUGGCUCUGCCAAGCCGGUGCCAAUGUUGGUCCAGCUGGAUGGAAAUGUCCCCCGCAUGACACCAACCAAGCCGGUACGCAAAGAGAAUAUACCAAGCGUGCAUCCCUCCGAGGCACGUCUUCCUGAGACUAAAAAUGCUACGUAUCACAAAGAGAAUUUACCAAGUAUGGCGUCUUCUCAGCCAGCCAAAGAUCCCACGUAUCACAAAGACCAUCCACAAAGUCUCCCACCCACGCUUGAGGUGGCCACAAAGACCAAUUCAGUGAGCGUAUCACCAAAGAGUGAAUCUAUCACACCCCUCCAGGUGCCGUACCAAGUACCGAGAAAGCUUCACAUCGGGAGCAGAACUCCGUCAACUUCUGAGGAUGCCCAAGGCAGACUAAAACCAAGAUUAAAUCUGGUGUUGGAUCAUAAACUACGCAACCGCACGGAUGGUGAAAUCGGAAUCUCUCGAGACGGGCCUGCAGCUUCCCCAUUGGCUCUCCUAAUGGCGGCGAAGGAGCGAGAUAGGUUCAAGGGCUUUGUGUACCACCAAAACCCCACCACAACGUACAAUCAACGCCGACGUAGCAUUCAAACUAAUUCCAAUCCCCAUUCUUCCAUCCUCCCACGAUCCGUCUCAACUUCUUCACUCUUUCAUCACGACCAAGUCCAAGUCAGUCCAACGUCUGUGAAUCUCACGCACGAAACAAAAUCGGCGACCAUCGCACAUAUGAGCAGUCACCCGACGUCCAGCAGGUCAGCUUACGCUAGCACGGAACCGGCGUCACCGGUGAGUGACCGACUCGCAGAUGUUAACCCUGCCAGACUUGAAGAGGAUAAGGAGGUGCUAGAUAUGCCGUUACUCCCACCGCCUCCAGAGUUUGAUGACUUUGACAACAUGACGGAACCCCCUCCUUCCAUUCGUCCUCCAGACCCCCCACUGAGAAAGACGCCGCAGGCAAAUAUUCCGCACGCGCCGGUACCAAAACAGGAUCCCAUCUACGUCAACGUCCCGCAGAAGACGCAGUUCCAGACAAAACCCAAAGCAGACCCCUCACCUCUGCCGUCCCCUCGCUCCCCAAGCCAGGCCACGCUGGUCAGCAUCUUGCAAAAAAAGAUGCUGGAAAUGGACCACAAGAUUUUUCCUCCGGUAGAAGCAGACGAUAGCGCCAAAGACUGGGGCGCCCCGCUUUCCGACGACACCAGAGUGGCCGUGUUGCCGAAGACGGCGCCACAGGCCAAGAAGGCUUCUGAUGGGGUUACCCAAACAAAACAACAACAAAGGCAGGAGAUGCCAGGCAGGGUGGUGACAACAUAUGAGGACACCAACAGUACUGGCCCACAUUCAAGUCAUCAGUACGGCAUGACGUAUCGAGUCAGGCCUGGAACCAAACAGCCCAUCACUCUCAUCAGGAAAGGACCACCUUGAUGAGACGGGACUGAUUGAUCCCCUUGUGCAUGAAAGAUGCUUAAAAACUGCACACCGAAGGUUUGAUUUCCGUUCCGUAUGCAAAAUUUUGUCCUAAUUAAUCACACCUAAUGGCAGAUAAAUAAGUGUAUUUAUAAUCAGUAAGGAUGUAGAUAUGCAGCUACUACGAAAACUAGUGCAUUGUGUUCUGCGUCCUUGUGGUGUAUUUGAGCGAUCUAUUGGUGCCAUGUUGUAUAUUGAUUGUAUUUACUACUGCUACUACUAAAGGGUAGCAUGUUAUAGCUCUGCCCUUCUGUGUUUACAUGCCUGACAAGCAUAUUAAAUUUAACUGAAAAUUUCACUUAAUUAAUGAAAUAAAUUAGUUGUUUUUUUUGACAGCCCUCAUAAUAAUACACUCCAAAGACGUGGCAUUGCUGUGGAAAAAAAUCCUUUAUUUGAGCUAUAAAAAAAUAAAAGGUGUUUUGGUGUGAGACCGAGGCCGGGUGAGCAAAAAAAUAAAUACACAGUAGCCGUAACUCCAGGGAAAAAAAUGCUUUUUUACGUCGCAAGAGACGUCCAAACGUAGCUGGAGCAGGUAAGAAACUGGACAACUGCUGUCUUAAACGUUCAUCACGUGCUUCUCAAAAGUUGGUAUUCCAGUUCAAGUCUUACAUAGAUUGACUACAUACAGGGGGAAAUAUUCCAAGGACAUUAAUUUUGAAAAAUUCAAUCUACUGGUUUGCGCUCUGAUUUGGUAACGAUUUAGAGCAGGGGUGGGCAAACUUUUUGACUCGUGGGCCGCAUUGAUA